AUUUGAUGUGAGGAACAUUUGUAUUUAGUUCGUACGCUCUCUCGUGCACUGCGCUAACAUUUGUUGUUACUAGUGUUUUGUGUUUUUUUUUUAUUUUUUUUUGCUUUCAUACUCGCUGCGCUGUAUUUGUACAAACGUACGUAUGCGUAUGUGUGUUUAUGCACAUGUGUGACGUGCUGCUGUUGUUUUUACGAAUUCCCUUCGCCUGCGCCUUCGGUCAAACGCCAUUUCUAGUUUUUUGUCGUGCGGUGAAGAAGGAAAAUUCGUGUCUGAUAUUUCAUAUGUAGAAUUCUACAAAAUUAUAAUUUAUUCUGCAAGUGAAUUCGAUCGAGAAAAGUGCUGUGAUUAAUGUUGUGAAGUGAAAUACCUACAAACGUGCAUAAGAAAUACAUAUGUACAUAAUUAUGUAUAUUUGAUAGCGUGUAAUUCAUUCGUGCAAAGUCACAUUACAUAUGUAUGUAUGUAGGUAUUGAAUUGCAUUUUAAUGUGAAAUGUGAAUAAAGUGAGCAAACAGUGAAAUACGAAACAAAUCGCCAGUUAUUUUGGUGUGUGAUCGAAAAGCAACACAUCUAUAACAAAAAAAGAAAAAUUAAACCAGAAAAACGACGAUAACCUAACCCCACUAACUAACAAAUAUUAUUACGUGCAUAGAAACUAUAAUUCGCUGGAAAUUUUGUAAAAGUUAUUAGUGUGUACACGUGUGUAUAACGUCCACAUCAUGCUUGAUAAAAACUGAAAAAAUUGCUUUUUUUCUUGUUUUGUGUUCGGUGAAGUGACCUCCCGCACAUGUGUGACACCACGCCCCUGCAGCUUGGUUCGUCUCGCGCGCUAAAAUCUAUGCACGCUUUCACUUUCGGCAGCGCGCUGUCGCAACUGUGAGAAAUUACCAUAAAAAGAAAGGCGAAAAUAGCUAGUGAACAACUUUGGCUGAAAAAAUACUAAAUCUACAUAUAGAGAAGUGUACAAAAACAGCAACAACAACCAAAAAUUUACUGAAUUUAAAUUCAAAUCAAAGUGUACAUACAUACAUACGCAUCUAUUUUCGUGUGUUGUUGCAAGUUGUAGUGAUCUCGCAGCGAUCUCGUGCUAAAUAAAAAGUGAUUCAUUCCGGUAACUUGCGGUUCUACCUUACUCACUUAACAAUAAUCGCUUUGUGUCUACGAAAAGUGCUUCGAAAAAAAAUCGUGAUUUAGUGUGUGUGCUCUUUGAAUUACCCGCAACGCAUUCACUUUCAACUCGGUGACUGUCUGUUUACUCACCACUCACCACUCAACACCUCUGGCUUUUCAUUCUCCUGCUGUGACCUGUGGAAUUUCAAUUGUGUGCAAAAUGGCUGCUGUCGUCACGUCCAUUUUGCUUUCACUCGAAGCGUGUCAAAAAAAUCGCUUGAAUGCGCAUUUGUUUUGACCGGCUGUGCUUCGCUACCAAGAGGCCAGCCAAUACAGAGCAAAGCAGUGAUAGUGAUUCACCUCACUCACUACCGCCACCCGAUCGGUUACAGAAUAAUAAUGAACAGUUCAAGAGGAAUGUCAUAACGACCAAACCGCCAACUAGCAGUAAUCGCAAACCCGCCCCGCCACAAUUGACUAAUUCGUGGUUAGUUAGCCAUAGCAAUAGCUCAAAUAACGGUAAUAGUAGUCAGAAGUAUACCAAUGCACCAUUUGGUCCCGGCACCACACUCAACACACUAGAUCCACCGGCAGCAAAACACAACGGCGCACAAACCACAGUUGCGUCAACAACACCACCCACCACUAACGGUCUGAACGCACUGAACACAACCGCAACCACUACAACAACACUAGCAGCAGCGGAGAGUGUAGCAACCGCAGAUUCUUUGGCGGCAACCAAAGCCACGGACGAACGGCAAUCGUUCCGCCAAAAGUCAACAAUCGUUGUUGGAAGAAAAUCAACAACAACAAAUUGUAGUGAGAACGAGGAAUAUAAUCGAUUUAAUAAUAGCACAGACAGCGGCAUUGGCAGCAGUUUAAGAGGCAGCGGCCGUCGAAAUUGUCUAGCGAAAACAAACGCGUACAACGCGGUCAGUGCCAACGAGGUGCGAGAAAGUAGCGUCUCCGCUGCGCAUCCCGACCCGAACGCCUCCGCAAUCAACGACAAAAACAGCACCGCUACCGAACCGAACGCGUGUAUAACAGUUCUGCGUACGAACGCCGCCAACGUCACGGCCAACGGCGUUAUCGCUUCUGAAGAGACCGACAACGCGAACGCAACCGUAGCUGGGCAAGGGGCAGAAGAGUGUAACGUUGACGCUGAGCAAAUAAGCGAAAACGCCGCCACCAUGCAGCAGGAGCCGAACGCCAAUUUUCAGUUCCAACCCGAUCUGGGACUGGUGAACAACAAUAGUUUGCCCGCGCUCACCGGACUCGGCAGCAAUACGGCUGCUAUACGUACGCUUACGUUACCCUUACAGCAAGACGUGAUCACGCAAACUUUCAUUUACGGCGCCGUACCGCCAUCCGCCGCGCAACACAUUAAUUCAUUGCAACAACAAGAGCUACAAUUGCAACAUCGCUACCAUCAACUGCAACAGCUGCAGGCGCAAACACAGGGUUUAUUCCUGAAUACGAACGCACCCGGCACCGUAGCUGCUGCUGCUGCAGCCGCAGCUGUUGCACAAGGCGGCAGCACAUCCUUUGUGGUGGGUUCACCGCCACAACUCUACGCGACUGCCACCCAAGCGGCCGAUUUUUGUGCAGCACAACAGCAACAGCAAAAGUUGUUGACCGAACAAAUGCAAGGACUGUGUAUAACGGGCGGCAAUGCCGCGCCUGCCAAUGCAGCGCCAACGGCUGCGCCCACCAUAAACUCACUACUCGAUUCCUCACAGACCAUGAAUAUUCUCAAUAACAGUUAUGUGCCCACAUCGGCGCAGGAGGAGCGCUUCAUGCAGGUUAUCCAGGCGAAAGAGUUGAAAAUUCAGGAGAUGCAACGUGCGCUGGUGCAAAAGGAUACCGAGAUCGCCGAACUGAAAUCACAUCUGGAUAAGUUUCAAAGUGUGUUUCCGUUUAGUCGACACGCCAGUACGGCCACUACGCCGGGCGCUGGUGUGCAGCAGCGUAAAAGUGGUCAGGCUUAUCAGCGACAGCGCGCGCAAGGCAUUUCUGCGGAGCCGCAAAGUGAAUCCUCAGUGUUGCUGGAGCCGGGCGCAUUGCCGAAAUACGAUAAGGAUGAGAGAUCACGUGAACUCAUCAAAUCAGCCAUAUUGGACAAUGAUUUCAUGAAGAAUUUAGAUAUAACCCAAAUACGCGAAAUUGUCGACUGCAUGUAUCCCGUUAAGUAUGCGGCAAAGAGUCUCAUCAUCAAGGAAGGCGAUGUCGGCAGCAUUGUUUAUGUCAUGGAAGAGGGUCGUGUUGAGGUCUCACGUGAGGGUAAAUACCUUUCGACACUCUCCGGCGCCAAAGUGUUGGGUGAAUUGGCCAUAUUAUAUAACUGCCAGCGUACAGCGACCAUAACCGCUAUAACGGAAUGUAAAUUAUGGGCCAUCGAACGGCAAUGCUUCCAAACGAUAAUGAUGCGUACUGGCCUCAUACGGCAGGCGCAAUAUACCGAUUUUCUCAAGAGUGUUCCAAUCUUCAAAAAUCUGCCCGAAGAUACACUCAUCAAAAUCUCAGAUGUGCUCGAAGAGACCCACUACCAGAUGGGUGAUUACAUUGUACGUCAAGGCGCACGUGGUGAUACCUUCUUCAUCAUAUCGAAGGGACAAGUGCGCGUGACAAUCAAACAGCCGGAUACGCAGGAAGAGAAAUUCAUACGCACACUCGUCAAAGGUGAUUUCUUCGGCGAGAAAGCAUUGCAAGGCGAUGACUUGCGCACAGCGAAUAUUAUAUGUGAUUCCGCCGAUGGCGUUACUUGCCUGGUGAUCGAUCGCGAGACGUUCAACCAACUCAUAUCGAAUUUAGAUGAAAUUAAGCAUCGCUACGAUGACGAAUGCAUAGGAGAGCGUAAAAAAAUCAAUGAGGAAUUCGACAACGUGCAACUGACCGACUUGCGCAUAAUCGCCACGCUCGGUGUUGGCGGUUUCGGUCGUGUUGAGCUGGUGCAAAUUAACGGCGACAAUAGCCGUUCGUUUGCGCUGAAACAGAUGAAGAAGUCACAAAUUGUCGAAACGCGCCAACAACAGCAUAUUAUGUCCGAAAAGGAGAUUAUGGGCGAGGCCAAUUGUCAAUUUAUUGUGAAGCUCUUUAAAACAUUUAAGGAUCGCAAAUAUUUGUACAUGCUAAUGGAAAGCUGUUUGGGCGGCGAAUUGUGGACGAUCUUGCGCGAUCGUUGUAAAUUCGAUGAUGCCACUACACGCUUCUACACCGCCUGUGUGGUGGAGGCGUUCCAAUACCUGCACUCGCGCAAUAUAAUAUACCGCGAUUUGAAACCGGAAAAUCUGUUGCUCGACGAGAAGGGCUAUGUGAAGCUGGUGGAUUUCGGUUUUGCCAAGAAACUACAAUCCGGUCGCAAGACGUGGACCUUCUGCGGCACACCGGAGUACGUAGCGCCUGAGGUGAUAUUGAAUCGGGGACACGACAUUAGCGCCGACUACUGGUCACUUGGUGUGCUGAUGUUCGAGCUGUUGACGGGCACGCCACCAUUCACUGGCUCGGAUCCCAUGCGUACCUACAAUAUUAUAUUGAAGGGUAUUGAUGCCAUCGAAUUUCCGCGCGAUAUUACACGCAAUGCCAGCAAUCUAAUCAAGAAACUGUGUCGUGAUAAUCCUGCUGAACGUUUAGGCUAUCAACGCGGUGGUAUUAGUGAAAUACAAAAGCAUCGAUGGUUCGACGGCUUCUACUGGUUGGGUUUGCAGAAUCGUACACUUGAGCCGCCAAUCAAGCCGACCGUUAAGAGCGUCAUAGACACCACCAAUUUCGAUGCCUAUCCACCAGAUCCAGAGGGCCCACCGCCAGAUGACUUAACCGGUUGGGAUAAAGACUUCUAAGUGGAGGUCUAUAAAUGGGAGUAUAAAAAAAUGUAAUAAUAAUUAAUACUGAACUAAGCUUAAAAAACUAAGGUCAAAAUGCAACACUGUAAAAAUGCACAUACACAUACACGUACAUAAUUCUUUUGGCUGUUAUAUUAAAAAGAGAAAGGGGAAAGAUUUGUAAAAAAAUAUUUUGCUAUUUUCUAUAAUUAUGUAACUGCAUAAUUUUGCAUAUACACAUACAUAUAGUACUACAUGUAUUUCUAUAAUAAUUAAUUUACGUAAACUUAUUAAUAUAAUACAUAUAUUUUUAGUGUGUACUGGCAAAGAAUUUAUAUUAAUUUUAAUUAAUUAUUUUUUAUUGAAAUUAUAUUUAAACAUUUUUAUGGCAUACAAAAACAUACAUAUGUAUGUAUUUCUUCAAGCUAUAAGAAGCGCAUACAUACUGAUUUGUUUCAUUUUCUAUUAACUUUCUUAAAAUUAUUUGUACAUUGGCUUCAUGUCUGUAAUAUUUAUAUAAUAGCUUACAUACAUACAUACUUUGGUAUACAUAACUGUAUAUAAAUGUCAACGAAGUCUUUGCUUUAUUAUUAGUUAUAUAAAAUUUGUGGGGAAAAAUAAAUUUUAUUGUAAUACUAUUUGAAAAAAAAUAUAUAUGUAUAAACAAGCGUGAGAAAAUCUAUGCCGCUUUGUACCAUAUACAUAUGUAUGUUUGCAUCGAAAAUUAUAUUAACAUAUGAAUGUAUGUACAUGGUAAAUUUUUAUACAAGCUCAUACAUUAAUUAAAAUUUAUAAUUAUACGUACAUGAGAAGGUACAUACAUAUAUACAUUUGGUCAUAUAUAUAUACAUAUAUUCUUGCAAAUUUGUGGGGUUUAUAGCGUAAUAAAAACUAAUAUAAACAUUACAUACAUACCUACUACUUAGCUUUAGUUUUAUAACCUUUAACUUGUUGAUUGUGAGUGAAGCGAUUGUUUGCCACACAAGUGUAGAUGCAAAUGCAAACAUAUAGAAAUUAAUAGAAUACAACAAUUAAGUGCCUUUUGUUAUUUUUUAUUGUAUGCCAUUGCAUGAAUUGUAAAGCAAAAAUAUUUAAAUAUCUACAACAACCAUAAUUGUUAGUUACUAACUUUAAAAUUUACAUCUAAAUACCUAAAUUGUAUAUCUAUUAUAUAUAUUGUAAAUUUAUGUAUGUAUGUAUAUGAAUAAAAUGAUGAACAAUUAUGAA